AUGGUUCAACAAGCUCAAGAAACUGGCAAUCGUGGACCCAUCCGUAUCAAGUUUGAUACCUCUCAGAUUAUGACCGAUCCUUAUGCCUGUCAUGAAGCUGGUGACAGAAUUCAAACUGGUCUAAGUCCACAUUCGCAAGCCGGUAACUAUGGAGAUCUACCAGAGUGUACUUCCGAUGGUGAUGAUCCAUGUAUCUAUGUCUGUAAAGACUACGAUGUAAUUACACCUGCUCUAUUCAAUGUAACCCAAUCUAUUCUCGAUUCAAUGUCAAAGAUCUUUAGCAGUUUAAUUUUGGUUGAUCAGGCACCCGUACUCCAACUUAGUCAAUAUGCCUACGAUGCCUUUGGUGGACAAUGUUCCUACGGUGUAAAUAUUCCAAAGACUGCUGUUUCUCCUGGUAUUCCAGAUACUGAUUUGAUAGUCUAUGUAACCAUUAGACCACCAACAUCUAACAAUAUUAUUGCUUAUGCUAUGGCAUGUAAUUAUGAUGUAAUUGAUGCAAGUGGUGUAUAUGGAAGACCAUUGGCUGCCAAUAUCAAUUUCAAUCCUUACUACUAUCGUAAUUUCGUUGGUACAAAUAGAGACGAGUUCACUUAUAACCAAUAUAUCAGAGUUGGUAUUCAUGAAAUGAUUCAUGCUCUCGGAUUCAGUAGUACAUUUUAUGAUUCUUUCGUAAAGCCAGAUGGUGAAUAUUAUAGUGCUGCUAGAACUGUAAAGAGAUCGGGUACCACUCCAGAUGGUAAAACUUAUAGUUAUUCAAAGGCUGUCAUUGACUCACCAAAUGUUGUUAGCUUUGUAAAAGAUCAUUAUGCAUGUGGAACUGCAUCUUAUGCCGAGUUGGAAGAUGCUGGUGGUAGCGGUACAGCUGGUAGUCAUUGGGAAACUAGAACUGCUGGUGAGGAAAUUAUGGUUGGUUUUGCUAGUCCAGUCGCUCCAAUCACCAAUCUUACAUUGAGUUUACUCAAGGAUACCGGUUGGUACGACAUCAACUAUGAUAGAGCUGAACCAUUAAUUUGGGGUAAAGGUCUUGGAUGUGAUUUCCUUGACAAUUGUUAUGAAUACACAUGGAACUUCCAAGGAUACUUCUGUAAAAAGACAGGAGCAUUAUGCUCAAGUCCAACCAACUAUUUAUCAAAAAUCAGGAUUCAUUUACAUUCAAUUCAAAGUUCAAUUCAAUCUUCUCCAUUAAUAUUAAAAGGCAAUCAAAUAUCUUCAAAAAUACAAUAUGUUCAAUCAAUCAAUCAAUCAAUCAAAGUAAUGAGAACCAUUAACAUCUACCUUUCAUCGAUUAAAUUCAGUAGAAUUUGUGAUAUGAGAUGUACUGGUACAAGAAUGGGUAAAGGACUGUGUGUAAUCGAAGAUUAUAGUAGCAGUCUGCCACGUCCAUACCAGCAUUUCAAGGAUGAUGCUCAAGGAGGUAUAAACGAAGCUGCCGAUUAUUGUCCUUUCUACCAAGUUUCCAAGUCACUUCCACUUACUCAAUGGUGUGGAGAUACCUCUCAACUAUCUAAUUUGGAUUCUUCAGUUGGUGAAAUCUUUGGCGAAAGUUCAAGAUGUUUCGAAUACAGAGCCGAUGCCAAGUCCAAUCAAACUGAUAUGGCAUGUUGGCCAAUGCAAUGUGCUGGUACCAAAGUUCAAAUUCAAGUAGCCGGUACAUGGGUAACAUGCGAAAAGGACGGUCAAGUACUCAGUGUAAACAAUAUAUAUGUUGUAUGUCCAGAAGGUUUCCCAGAGUGUGGCGGUUCGGCCAAUUACAUUGACAUUGACAACAAUAAUUCAUCAGCAACCAUAUAUUCUGAUAUCACAAGAUUUUUGAAAUUAUUAUUCAUUGACGAUGAAAGUGCGAUUAUCAUUAAUUAUAUAAAUAUUGACACUGUAGAUAAUAUAGUACAAAGACAAUCGUUUUUGAAAUUUCAAAAUAUAAAAAGUGAUAUUAACGAUGGGUUAUUUAAUGGUAAAGAAUCAAGUGUAUAUACUCCACUUCCAAGCUACAAAUGUCAGCAUGAAAGAUUGGUUGAUAAAUGGAAGAACCAUUAUUCAACCGAUGGUUUGACUCAUUACGAUGAUCACCUACAUCAUCAACACCGACAACAAAAACAACAAUCUUUGAUGAAGAUGGUCUCGCAACAGUCAAUGGAUUCCACAUCAUCUCAUACCAUUAGAAUUCUAUUCAAUACAACUUACUUGGAGAACGAUCCCUACAGUUGUAGCUAUGUCGGUCAGAAGGUGAUGGUCGGCGACAGUUCAACUCCCACAGGAAAAGUUGUUACCAAUGCUUGCACAGACGAUGGCGCAUCCAAUGAAUGUAUAUAUACCUGCCAGCAGCAGGAUAUUCUGAAUGUUGACUUGCGAUCGUUAAUCAAUCAAUACAUCAUACCAACAAUCAAGUCUUCACUUGAGAACUACAUUAACAUUCCAGAGUAUCAGUCACCGGAUGUACUCAAACUAUCUACCAUCUGUGCAACUCUAACCAAAGGACAGUGUAUCUAUGGUGUUCAAAUUCCUCACAACUAUCUAACUCCUGGUAUUGCCAAUUAUGAUAUGGUUAUUUGGGUAACUGCAAGACCUGCAAGUUCUAAAGAAACAAUUGCAUAUGCACUACCAUGUAAUCAAAACAUUUAUACUAAUGGAAGAUAUGGUAGACCUUUGGCUGGUUCUAUCAAUUUCAAUCCUUUGUUUUUUACACCAUUUAUCAAGUCAUCGAAUAAAUUUACAUUCAAUGAAUACAUCCGAGUUGGUAUUCAUGAGAUGACUCAUGCUCUUGGUUUUACUUCAACUUUAUAUAAUUCCUAUUUAGAUAGUCAUGGUAAUUUCUAUGAUGCUUCAACUGUUAUUACUAAAAAAGGUGUAACACCAUCGGGUAAUUCCUAUUCAUAUCAAAAAUAUGCAAUCGAUUCACCAAAUGUUGUUAAUUUCAUUAAGCAACACUAUCAAUGUGAUAGCAUAAGGUAUGCAGAGUUGGAAGAUUCUGGUGCUGCUGGAACUGCUGGUAGUCAUUGGGAAAAGAGAACUGCCGGUGAAGAAUAUAUGAUUGGCUAUGUAUCACCAAUUGCACCAAUCACUAAUUUGACACUGGCAUUGUUACAAGAUACCGGUUGGUAUCACAUUAACACAACAGGUGCAGAAACACUAGUUUGGGGUAGAAAUCUGGGUUGUUCUUGGCUGAUAGACCAGUGUUCCGCCCAAACUUGGAACUAUCAAGGUUACUUCUGCGAACAGAGUGGUGCUGUUGGAUGCUCGCCAACCAGAGUCGGUAAAGGAAUGUGCGGCAAGACUGCAUUCACACAAUCGUUACCUGCUCAAUACCAGCAUUUCGCUACUAGCAAUGUUGGUGGUGUCGAUGAAGUUGCUGACUAUUGUCCUUACUAUCAGGUAUUCUCCAAUCAGAAACAAACAUACUAUUGUGGCGAUACUUCGAAUUCAGGUGACAGCUCUGUUGGUGAACAAUUUGGUACAGAGAGUAGAUGCUUUGAGUUUGCAAAAGGUUCAGCUGUAGGACAGGCUUGUUGGCAACAUAGAUGUGUAGACACUCACGUUGAGAUCAAUAUUAAAGGAACAUGGGUGGCAUGUAGUAGCAACUCAACCACAGUGACUGCUAAUGGUGUCACUGUGAUCUGUCCAGUGGGUGGAUUUGCAGAGUGUAACGGUGUCCCAAUACAAGUUUUAGUUCAAGAUUCAUCAUCAGCUAUUUCAUCGAGAGUCCAACGGAAUCAUUUAAUUGCACUAUCAAUGGUUAUGCUUUUAGUAAAGUUUUUUAUAUAA